GGGAUUUUGCUUGCUGGCUUGUUUCGUUUUGUUGGGAUAAAUGAAUAAAUAAAUGGGAAUGAUUUGGACUUCACCCUAAGCCUAGCUAAAAGUUUGGGUAGUGACAGUUUUGUUUAUUUUGUGUAACCUGAUAGUGGAUCCUUUUUUUCCAUGCCUUAAAAAAAAAAAGAAAAAUCCGCAAAUAUUAGAGUACCUGUUUUCCUAGGGAAUUGGCAUCAGCAUCAGCAACUGAAGGAGAGGGGAUUCAAGGCAGGGAGGGUGAUGACUAGGUCAGCUCAGUCUUCGCAGCCGUCCCUGAGAGGGCGCUGUUCCUAAAUCGAAGCCCCAGAGGCGGGGACUGAGACACGGGCGCUCUCCCACUGGACUGGGUCAGCAUCCCUCACCAGGCACUGCGGCAGGUCUGGAGCAGAGCGCCUGCCCACAAACAUGGCGGCGCCCUGAGCUGCUUCCCGUCGCCUGGACCGUGGGGCCAGCUCGGCCUUGCCAGUACUCGGGGACUUCCUCCGCGCGCCGGCUUCCUGCCCAGCUGGCAUUUAAACCAGCGCCUGGGGCUGCAGGAUGCUGCUGCGGAUGCGGAGCUGUCCGCGAGCUGGGCAGCGUCGCCGCCUCCCCUGAGCCGCCUCAGUCCGGCAGGAGCGGAGCCAAAGCAUCCCUUGCUGCAAGCAGAGCAGAGCAGAGCAGAGCAGGCGAGGGCUGGGGGCCGAUCGGGGACCCUGGCUUCGGACCCCGUCAUCUGGCAGUUUCCUUGCAGGUUCGGCUUUAAUUUCGAAGACUGCACCCACUCCUCCUCCAGCCCAGAUCAUUUAUCCUCCCUCCCGCCUGGGCUGCUGGACGCAGCGGCGGCUGGGCUUGGUCCCAGGAGCAGGGAAAGAGUGCGCUCCCUGCCCCGCUAGCCGCGUGCCCGGGCCAUGGUGCGGCUGAGCCCGGCGCUUGGGUGAGGCGGCGGCGCGGCUCAGAGCCCGGCGGACCGGCCUUGCGAGGCAUCUUCCCCUGAGGAGGAGCCUUACCCUAAGGCUGCGUGCCGGGGGCGAGCAGCCGCCGCGAUGUUCAGCUGGCUGGGUACUGACGACCGCCGGAGGAAGGACCCCGAGGUCUUCCAGACAGUGAGCGAGGGGCUCAAGAAACUCUACAAGAGCAAGCUGCUGCCCUUGGAAGAGCAUUACCGCUUCCACGAAUUUCACUCGCCCGCCCUGGAGGAUGCCGACUUUGACAACAAGCCCAUGGUUCUGCUGGUGGGCCAGUACUCCACGGGGAAGACCACCUUCAUCAGGUACCUGCUGGAACAGGAUUUCCCAGGCAUGAGGAUUGGGCCUGAGCCCACCACGGACUCCUUCAUUGCGGUGAUGCAAGGAGACAUGGAGGGGAUCAUCCCUGGGAAUGCCCUGGUCGUGGAUCCCAAGAAACCCUUCAGGAAACUCAAUGCCUUCGGCAAUGCCUUCUUGAACAGGUUUGUGUGUGCCCAGCUACCCAACCCCGUGCUGGAGAGCAUCAGCGUCAUCGACACGCCAGGGAUCCUCUCUGGGGAGAAGCAGAGGAUCAGCCGGGGGUAUGACUUUGCAGCUGUCCUUGAGUGGUUUGCCGAGCGGGUUGACCGCAUCAUUCUGCUCUUCGAUGCCCACAAACUGGACAUCUCUGAUGAGUUCUCAGAAGUCAUCAAGGCCCUCAAGAACCACGAGGACAAGAUGCGGGUGGUGCUGAACAAAGCUGACCAGAUCGAGACGCAGCAGCUGAUGCGGGUGUACGGGGCCCUCAUGUGGUCCUUGGGGAAGAUCGUAAACACCCCAGAGGUGAUCCGGGUCUACAUCGGCUCCUUCUGGUCCCACCCCCUCCUCAUCCCUGACAAUCGGAAGCUCUUCGAGGCUGAGGAACAGGACCUGUUCAGGGACAUCCAGAGUCUGCCCCGAAAUGCUGCCCUGCGCAAGCUCAAUGACCUCAUCAAGAGAGCCAGGCUGGCCAAGGUCCACGCCUACAUCAUCAGCUCUCUGAAGAAGGAGAUGCCCUCGGUGUUUGGGAAGGACAACAAGAAGAAGGAGCUGGUGAACAACCUGGCUGAGAUCUAUGGCCGCAUUGAGCGGGAGCACCAGAUAUCACCUGGGGACUUCCCCAACCUGAAGAGGAUGCAGGACCAGCUGCAGGCCCAGGACUUUAGCAAGUUCCAGCCGCUGAAGAUCAAGCUGCUGGAGGUAGUGGAUGACAUGCUGGCCUACGACAUUGCUCAACUCAUGGUGCUGGUGCGCCAGGAGGAGUCACAGCAGCCCAUCCAGAUGGUGAAGGGCGGAGCAUUCGAGGGCACCCUGCACGGCCCUUUUGGGCAUGGCUAUGGGGAGGGGGCUGGAGAAGGUAUUGACGAUGCUGAGUGGGUGGUGGCCAGGGAUAAGCCCAUGUACGACGAGAUCUUCUACACCCUGUCACCAGUGGAUGGCAAGAUCACAGGCGCUAAUGCCAAGAAGGAGAUGGUGCGCUCCAAGCUGCCCAACAGCGUGCUGGGCAAGAUCUGGAAGCUGGCCGACAUUGACAAGGAUGGCAUGCUGGAUGAUGAGGAGUUUGCGCUGGCCAACCACCUUAUCAAAGUCAAGCUGGAGGGGCACGAGCUGCCCAAUGAGCUGCCUGCCCACCUCUUGCCCCCGUCCAAGAGGAAAGUUGCUGAAUGAUGGGGGUGGAGGGGCAUUCAGACAGGCAGGUGUUAGAGGAGGAGAUGAGAGCAGUGACUACACACACACACACACACGCACGUGCACGCAUACACACACACACACACACACACAUACAUGCACAGAUCUUGACAUUGCACUGUAGGUAAGAGAUGACCAUGAUGCCCAUGUUUGCAGCUCAUACUUGUUUGGGUACAUCUCUAAGUUCUCGGGAUCAGUAGAAGGAAAGGAGCACUCCCGGGCGCCAGAGUCUAAGCCUAAGUCUCCAUCCCUCCUCCCCUCUCAUCAUCCACUCCCCUCUCAGAGACCUGAGGAUAUUCACUUGCCCACAGAUGGCCCACCCACCUUCAGAUUCCCCAGUGCCUCCACACCCGGGCUCUGGGCAGAUGGAAAAGACUUUUCAUUUAGUAGACAAUUCACUUUUUUUUCUGUGCUUCCUCUACCUGCUUUGGCUUCAUAAUAAGAAAUCCAUUCAGGAGCUAGGAGAUCUGAGGGCCGGGAGGCAGCCUCAGGGAGGAGAGGUGAGAAAGGAAGAAUCUUCUAGAGAUGUCAUCCCAGGAACUCUGUUCUUUCCUUAUCUAAGCCUCUGUCUUCUUCAGCAAAACCUUGUUUUGAACUCUGCCGGUAUUUCAUUUUAAAGAAUCCCAGAGGCGGAGAGAGAAGAGAAAAAAAUUCAUAGCGCAAGGAAGCUGUCCUAUAAUCCACUGAAAACCUGGCAAAGUGGUUUUAGUCCAUGGAUUUUGUUAGAUGUUCUUUCCACCUGGUCUAUGGUGUUUAGAUGUUCAUACUUGACUCACAUUUACCCAGCCCCCACUGCGUGCCAGGAGCUAUGUUAGGCACUUUAUAUACGUUAUUAUAUGUGGCCCUCCCUGAUGCCCCAGGUAAGUAUGCAUUAGCCUUCCCAUUUUGCAGAUGAGGAGGCUGAGUAGUCUCAGAAGGGUUUAGGCAAACUUCUCAGACUCACAGAAGUCACAUGUGAUGGAGAGAGGAUUCAAAGCUGGAGCCUCAGACCCUCAGAUGCUUCCCUGCACUAUGAUGUAUUCAGAAUCCCAGCAUUGAUACCCAAUGACGAACCAUGGAGAACAAGCCAAGCAUGCAGGCCCCCUGCAGCCUCCUAGGACAGGCUGGCAAGGCAGGAGGGCCAGCCAGCAUUUGGUGGGCCAUCAGUCUGGCCAUCUGUCAUGUCACAGAAGCAAACCGUGCCUUCUGGCUCUGCGCCCCGUAUUUCCAGCCUCACAGACGUCCAACAGCACCAGCAGGAGAGUGGGCUGGCCUGCUCGGUGCUGUUCGUGCCUGUCCCUGCUCUGCCUCCCACCCAGUUGUCUGAAUCAUCCCAGCUUAGAUGCAGCUACCAUACCAUCUCUUUUGUCAAGUGGGACCUCAUGCUAAUUCUUAGAAGGCUAACUUGAGAGGUCUGGUGUCUUGGAUCCUCAGGGACUCUGCAGAGUCCUUGGAAAAUCCAUACCAUGCUCAAUGCCCUACACUCUCUGUGUUCUCUCCCCUGGCUUGCUUCAUGGCCACUGAACCAGUCACUUUGUAUGUUAUGCUCCUACUGUGAUGGAAAACAAAAUGAGUAUAACUUAUUUUAUAUCCAUAUUCAGACUAUAUAGAGAAUAUUCUAUGUAUCUAUGAUGUGCUUACUACUGCAGUGCGUCUGUCAUUAGUCUUCAUGUUAAUACAGUACAUUUAUUCUUUGGUA